AUGGGUGACUACUCGAAAGCACUUGAAUUUUGCGAAAAAGCACUUAAAAUCUGCGAAAAAGCUCUGUCUUCGAAUCAUCCCUUAUUAGCUACUUCCUACAACAACAUCGGUAGAGUGUAUGACCACAUGGGUGACUACUCGAAAGCACUUGAAUUUUACGAAAAAUCACAUAAAAUCUUCGAAAAAGCUCUGCCUUCGAAUCAUCCCGAUUUGGCUAGUUCCUACAACAACAUCGGUGAAGUGUAUAAGAACAUGGGUGACUACUCGGAAGCACUUGAAUUUUACGAAAAAGCACUUCAAAUAAAAGAAAAAGCUCUGCCUCCGAAUCAUCCCGAUUUGACUACCACCUACAAUAACAUCAGUCAAGUGUAUAACAACAUGGGUGACUACUCGAAAGCACUUGAAUUUUGCGAAAAAGCACUUAAAAUCUGCGAAAAAGCUCUGCCUCCGAAUCAUCACGAUUUGGCUACCACCUACAAUAACAUCAGUCAAGUGUAUGACAACAUGGGUGACUACUCGAAAGCACUUGAAUUUUACAAAAAAGCACUUAAAAUAAAAGAACCAGCUCUGCCUCCGAAUCAUCCCUUAUUAGCUACUUCCUACAACAACAUCGGUAGAGUGUAUGACAACAUGGGUGACUACUCGAAAGCACUUGAAUUUCACGAAAAAGCACUUAAAAUCUGCGAAAAAGCUCUGCCUCCGAAUCAUCCCGAUUUGGCUACUUCCUACAACAACAUCGGUCUCGUGUAUAACAACAUGGGUGACUUCACAAAAGCACUUGAAUUUUACAAAAAAGCACUUAAAAUAAAAGAAACAGCUCUGCCUCCGAAUCAUCCCGAUUUGGCUACUUCCUACAACAACAUCGGUAGAGUGUAUGACAACAUGGGUGACUACUCGAGAGCACUUGAAUUUCACGAAAAAGCACUUAAAAUCUGCGAAAAAGCUCUGCCUCCGAAUCAUCCCUCAUUGGCUACUUCUUACAACAACAUCGGUUUGGUGUAUGACAACAUGGGUAACUACUCGAAAGCACUUGAAUUUUACGAAAAAUCACAUAAAAUAAGAGAAAAAGCUCUGCCUCCAAAUCAUCCCGAUUUGGCUCAAUCCUACAACAACAUCGGUGCAGUGUAUUACCACAUGGGUGACUACUCGAAAGCACUUGAAUUUUACGAAAAAGCACUUAAAAUCUACGAAAAAGCUCUGCCUCCGAAUCAUCCCUUAUUAGCUACUUCCUACAACAAUAUCGGUUUGGUGUAUGACAACAUGGGUAACUACUCAAAAGCACUCUCAUUCUUAGAAAAGGCACUUUCUAUCUGGCAAAAAUCACUCCCACCUAAUCAUCCUAAUAUUAAAACAGUCACAAACUCAAUUGACAAUGUAAAAAAGAAAAUGUAA